GUCGUGAAUAUAGGUACGAUAGAUAGUCUGAAACACAAUGGGAAAAUUGAUGUAAUGCCCGUCUGCUUUGUUAUGGCCUCCGAAUGGUCCGCAAAACACAAAACGCAAAAUCGCCGAAAAAGUCGAGAAAGAACGACGCGGACAACCAGGGUAGACAUUUAAUGUUCACGUCCUACACGGACACGACGUCAGUUCAUAAACGAAACUUAUGCAUCGUCUCAUUCCCGAUUAUAUUCUUAUUCAACGUACUUCGAUCGCUCCUCUACCAAGUAUUCGUCAUACUACGUUUUAUUUACUGCAGUUCAUCCAAUUAUUUGGUCAAGUACAAGAAAGGCAACGAGGUCGCGAUAAAUCGACUUGAAAAUGUUGAAGGUGAAGGUGUUAUUGUAGCAGCAGAAGAAGAUAUGGCUCAAGCUCAACAAAGAAACUCUGGGCCUGGUCCUGGAGAUCCUUUACUUGCUAAACAAAAACAUCAUCACCGGAGAGCUUUUGAGUAUAUUUCUAAAGCACUUAAAAUUGAUGAAGAAAAUGAAGGUCAAAAAGAUUUGGCAAUUGAACUUUAUCGGAAAGGAAUCACAGAAUUGGAACUUGGAAUUGCUGUUCAAUGUUGGGGUGGACGUGGAGAGGUAUGGGAAAGAGCACAACGUCUACACGAAAAAAUGAAAAGUAAUCUUGCCAUGGCAAAAGAUAGGUUACAAUUUUUAGGUAAUUCAUUUUAAUCCUUUCCAAUAUAU